ACAUGGCGCGGCCGCCCGGGAGCCUCGGAUCGCAGGCGCCCGACCGCGACCGAGGGGAGGCCAACGUGGUGACGCGGGUGUCGCAAUGGGCAGAUAACCAUCUGCGCCUUGUCCAGAACAUCAGUACUGGAAUGGCCAUAGCUGGGAUAAUGUUGCUGAUAAGGAGCAUCCGGCUGACCUCAAAAUUUACAACCUCUUCAGAUAUUCCAGUAGAAUUUAUAAGAAAGAAAGUUAAACUACGUGGCCGAUUACAGCGGAUAACUGAGUGUGGUCUAGAAAUCGAACAUAUACCGAUUACUCUACCUUUCAUAUCUUCAUGGAAAAAAGAACCACGUGGAGUUUUGCUGGUUAAACUGGCUGGAGUAGAACUCACUGAAGGCGGUAAGGUGUGGCUACAGUCAGAGCUGAAGCCUUCUCAGCUGCUCUGGUUCCAGCUCCUUGGAAAGGAGGACUCAGCACUCUUUUGCUACCUUUUAGUGAACAAGGUAAAUACUGCUCCAUCUGCUUCAAUAUCCUGUGUGCUCACACGCAGAAGCUGUAAAAGUAAGUGCCAUACAUGUUACUUCUUGUAUACUGAAACUAUCCUGUGGGGAUGCUGGUCUCAAUUACAGGGUGGAUAUUUUAACGUGAAUCUGAAUGAGGAGAUUUUGAGAAGAGGCUUGGGCAAAACCGUCCUUGUUAAAGGGCUAAAUUAUGACUCAAAAACCCACUGGAAAAUUCACAGAAACUUACUUAAAGCUGAAUUGACGGCCUUAAAGAAAGGAGAAGGAAUAUGGAAGGAAGAGUCUGAAAAAGAAAGUUAUUUUAGAAAAUUGAAAGAUUCCUGGAGAGAGAGAUGGACAAAGGACAAUGAUUUAAAACCAGCUGGCGCGGACCUCAGUUCCACCAAAGACAGUUAUUACGACAGCCUGCGCAGGGUGUUUGGGAGGGGGAAGGACAGCGUGGGCAACUACUCUUUCCUUCUGAAACUCAGAGAAUUUGUGAGCCGCUUACACUUUCGGAGAAAAGGAUGAAGUGUUGUGAGGUCUGGAGGUAACCCCAGAAGAGUGCCACAUAACUGUGUGAGCACUUUUCACUGAGGCAAAGUGGAAAUUCCCUCAGGGGAUCAAAAUCCCAGUCUCGUGGGUACUUGUACAUUGAAACCAUUGUUAAAAUCAGAAUCAAUUUGAAUGAGUUAUGAUCAAUGUAAUAUACUUUUAGAAAGUAAUGACACACUGUAAAAAGUUACCCAGUAGAAGGGUGUAUAUAUGCAGAACUAAUGUUUUGCCUUGUUCUUCCUCCCUGGCCCCUAGUGCCAAGGAUUGAACUCAGGGCCUCAGGCACUCUGGUCUAGCAGCACAUCAUUACUGAGCUACAUUACAAGCCCUGUAGUGCUAAUGUCUGAAGGGAAAGUUUAUGUAUUGACUGUUAUAUUAGUUGUCUAGGGCAGCCAUAUUUAACAUUUGUUUUUCAGUUUUAUCAACUUUAUAAUAAAGGAAUUUUAAAAAAAGAUUUUCUUUCUGAGGUCACUCUUUUUCUCCAAUCAUCUUUCUAGCUACUGGUGCGUUAGGACCACUGAUCCAAGAGGUACGGCCACCAUUCCUUGUAAUAAAUACAGCUAUUUUCAUCCUGCAGUUAGAUAAGAGGAUUUCUCUUAAAACAAAGAUGAGGAUGGCAGCACAGAUGUCAGAAAGGAAGGAUCUUUAGGACAUCGCUGAGCCCCUGAUCUCACCAAUUCUCGAACUACCCUGCCUUCCAACUCCUCAUUACAUGAGAGAGUAUUCUGCCUUGAUGGUAAACUUAGAGUUGGGCGUGCACCUGUAAUCCCAGCACUUGGUAAGAAGGGAGUGAAGAUAAGGAGUUCAAGGCUACCCUUAGUUCAUACAGAAUUCAAGACCAGUUUGAGCUAAUUAAUAUGAGACUUUAUCUAAAAACCAGAAAUAUCAAAAGCAAAACCAACCCAAACCACUUUAUAUAUUAAAAUCUUCCUGACAAUGUAAGCCUCUUUCACAAGGCCAACAGUACUUGCUAACUUUUGGGACUUGGUCUAACAAUGGAGUCCUUCAAGGGGAAUUCUGAAUGCUUGUGAGAAUCUCCAAGAAAACAAGACAAGAGUUUUGAGACCUAAGUUUCUUCAAAAACACAAAAUUGUUUUUGAAAUGUGCUUUUGUGCCCUUCCCAGGCAGAGCAGAUA